AUGUCUUCAAGCUCGGCAUCAUAUCAUAGGCAGGCUCGGAAAGAAUCCGGAUCUAGCACUGAGAAUGAAUCGCUUCAUCAAUAUGACCACCAAAACGCUGACCACAAUCGAUCUCGUAAUUUCGCUGGCCCAAAAAAAGAAGAAUCUCCCCAGUCCUGUACACAAUCUACCGCGGGUCCUCAUCCACAGUUCUCCCACUCCGAUCAUCGAUCACAACAAGAAGAAUCUUUCGUAAGCAAUGCAGCUAGUUUUGGUGGCUCCAGCCAUAAUACUGGCUAUAUGUCAGAGAAUAACUCGCAUGAAUUGGAAGCUCAAACCCAUGAACCUAAUUCUCAAUAUACUUAUUGUCACUUGGAUUACUUCUCACACGACCGCGCAAUGGUUUCGCACUACGACAAUCACCUUGCCAUUGAGGAAGAUCCGAACGAACAGUAUAGCCCUCUCCAACUAGAAUCUCAACUUGCGACAACAAUCUCGACCACAGAGAAUGGCAUACAAGCAGCGAGCGAUGAAAUUCAAAAAGUGCAAAAAUAUUCACCAACUACCGAGAUGUGGGCUCUGCAUGAAUCUCGAGAUGAAAGAAUACGUCUCGGCUUACCCGGUGGCCAAGAGUUUCGUCCAGACAUUUUUGGAUACGACGAAGAGCGUGUUACCGAGGCGCAUUGA